AUGGCUUCCCUCAUUGACUUCAGCUCGACCAACUGGUCGUACUACACUAUCCCCGCCGCCUUCUUCCUGGUGAUGGCGCCUAACUUCUACGCGGUUGCGCUGGCUGGCAAGAACUAUGAUAUAGCCUACCCCCGCACCCUUGAGUCCAAGGUCGCCACCGAUAGCUCCCUCCCCAAGCCGAUCCAGCAGCGCAUCUCUCGCGCCCGCGCGGCUGCCGCCAACGGAUUCGAGACCAUCGGCUUGUACGCUGCUGCCGUCGUCGCAGCCAACAGCGCCCAGGUACCGACCGAGAAGCUGAACAAGCUGACACUAACGUAUAUCGUCUCUCGCGCGGUGUACAACUUUGUGUAUGUGGCACUGCAGGAGAACCGGAAACUGGCUGGCCUGCGGCCGCUUGUGUGGGGUGUGGGAAUCACGGUGAUCAUGAUGUUGUUUGUGUCGGCUGGGCAGGCUCUUAAUGCUUGA